AAAUAGGGAAAACUGCAUAGAGCAUAAUUGGAAAGGGAAUGUUGUGAGACUUGGAUGAGUAAGCAGGGGUCACAUCAUGAAGACCUUUACAAAUCUGGCAAAGGAGAUCGACCUGUAUCUUGUGAACACUGGGGAACCAUUGGCUUUAAGGCUGCUUUUAAUGGUUUUAAGCUGAGAUGUGCCAUGGUCAGAUUUGCUUUCAGAAAAAUCACUCUGGUAAGCCAGUGCAGAGAAAGAAGUGGAGAGGCUAACACCAGAGAAAUGGGGGCCAGUGAGACUCCUGGGAAUAUUGUCUGGCACCCGAUUUUAAGGCCUGAAUUAGGUGGUGACAGCAGAGAUGGAGGACACAGGUAUGAAAUACAUCAGGAAGUAAAAUCAGUAGAAAUCAAUAACUGGUGAGAUACUGUGGGGAGAAAAGGAUGGGUGUGGGAGUGGAGUCAAAAAUGACGGUCAGCACUCAUCAGCCAUUCCACCUCACCCUUGCUCCAGAUGUAUAAGGUAGAUCUGUCACUAGAUCCCAAGGAGUUGGCAGCCGUUGAGGCUAGAAGAAAUCGAGAAAAGGAGCGACAGAACCCAUUCUUUGAUGUAUGGACCCGAGUCAUGGGGGUGGGUGUUGAAGCCCUGAACAGCCAAGUGGAAGAGCGAAAGCUUUGGGAGGCAACAGAGCAGAGCAAGGAGGCAGCUUAUGGUACCAACCAGGCACGGUAUGAUCUGGUAGCCCAGAUGCUAGAAAAGGAACAGGCAGAAUGGAUACGUCGACUGGCCAAAAAACUCCAGGAGUUUUGGGAGCAGAAGCAGCAGCUCAAGAACGGGCAUGAAUUUGACCUUAGGGAUUCAAACAGACUCUGGAAGGAGUUUCCAGCCCGUUUUGGUAACAACAAUCCCCAGUGUGGCCUGUCCAGCCUGCAGUGCUUCUCUGGGGAGGACCUGGACAGAGCCACAUGCCUGAGAAUGCAGCAGGAGCAGUUUAGGUGCAUCCUGGAGAAGCAGCUGCAGGAACAACACCAAGCCAGAGUUGAUGAGAAAUGUGCAGAUGUGCUCCGUGACCAGCUGCACCUAGCCAUGGACAUGCAGGCCACCCAGUUGGCCAAGCGGGAGGAGUCCUGUCGCAUGGCCAUGAUGUCUGCCAUGGCCAAAGCCAACAAAUCCCAGGCAGCUGAACUGACUAAGUGGCAGCAUCAAGAGCAUCUGAGUAAACAGGAGACCAACCACAUGGAGAUCCAGAAACCAGAUCACAGGCAACCUCCUGAGAUCCCCCAGGUAACUCAACAUCCUGCAGCUCCCCACCAGGUCUUGCCCUGUUACUGGAAGGGCAUGAGUCCAGAGCAGCGAGCCACCAUCAUCCAGGAGGUACAAUGCCAGGAAAAGGAAGCACAGCGCCAGGCCACAACAGUGGAUACCAAAUGGGAAAACCAGGCCAUAAACUUGGCCCAGGCAAUAAAGGAACUAGAGGAGCAGGAGAGGGAACUAUAUGCUGAAUUUCAGUGGGGGCUGGGCUCCUUCAACCAGCAGCUGGCUCAGGAGCAAAAAGCCCAGCAGAAUUACCUGAAUUUGUUAAUCUACACCAACCAACCUACAGCCCAAUAUUACCUCCAGUUCUACACCAGCAGCCACUGAGCUCAGGAUGGUAAUUGCUCCCUUCUCUCCCAACAAGCUCACAGAGGGUAUAAGUCAGAGAGGAUAAUGCUACAUACCCUCGGGAGGAGCUGAGCCAAUACCCCCACCUUUGACCCUCGGUAAUAAAAUUAUUCACUAAAAUCAAGGCCACGUGUCGUAAUAGGACACAAAGGGUG